AUGGAGACACUGGACUCAAAAUCUCAGAAUGCAAUGCAGCUCUUCGAAGCAGUUGUGCAGACUGAGCAUAGUUCACUUGCAGCAUGUUUAUGUAUGCUGUUUUUUUUUCUUGACUCGCAACUGUUUCCCUCCUUUUUCCAGGAAAAGACAUCAUAUGCCCUGGAUAAAGCUGAGGAAUGUUAUGAGACCAUAGAGUCUGGUAUUAAUACAUCUGUACAGACUGUGAGAGACACUUAUGCGUUUCUGAUUAAUCCUCUGUCCGAGUUCUACCCAAGUGUUAGUGCUGUAGGGUUUUCUGUAAUCCUCAGAUUUUACCCUCCCAAAUGUAGGUGUGAAACUGUUCUCUUCCCCAUUGGACUGAUGACUCUGAGCUCCUCCAUGUUCUACCCACAGCACGCUGCCUCUCUGGCCAAGGAGGUCAAAGACCAGAUAUCCAGUUUGGGUUCACAGCUACGUGUGCAUUUGGAGGACAUGUGGAAAGGAAAAUCAUGUGGGAAGAAGGUGAGCACAGAGAACAGCGAAGAUCCACUGUAA